AUGCCGUGCCGAAUCCUUUGCCUCCAUGGCAUGGGCAUCAACAGCCAGAUAUUUGCCUCGCAGACAGAAUCCUUUCGGAGUUUGCUGCCAUCGGACUACGACUUCACAUUUGUCGAUGGUCCGACCACUUGUAAGCCAGAGGCGGAUAUAGCCAAGGUGUAUCCGGGCCCGUACCUUUGCUGGUAUAGAACGCCGACUACUGAGUCGGUGACCGCGGCCCACCGUCACGUCAAGUCCAUCAUGGCUGAAAAGGGCCCUUUUGAUGGAAUCAUGGGGUUCAGCCAGGGCGCUGCAGUCGCGGUGUCGAUGAUCUUGCGCCACCAGCUUGAAACCCCGUCAACACCACCCCUCUUCAAGUUUGCCAUUCUCAUCGGCUCCCCUUUACCCUUCUCACACAGCCUGAUGUAUGGGAUUGACACGCGGGAUUACUUUGGCGUCUCUUACAAUGUGGACUGUAGCAUCCUUGCUCGGUACAAUCGUCCUAACAAGGUCCCUACGUAUCUUAUUACCCCAGACAGGUACCUCAAAGAUGACGACGAUGAGGACUUCCACAGAACUGAAGAGGCAUGUCAACAGCCGACCGCAGCCAUGUUCUACCAAAUGUUCCAUUCAACAUCAGAUGAAGUCAGAAUGGACAUUCCUACUGUUCACAUAUUUGGCCGGCGUGAUCCGUGGUACCUUCAUAGUAAAGAUGUGCUAGAGCUGGCAUGUGCUGAACGGGCUUCGGUGUUGGAGCAUUGUUAUGGCCAUGAAGUUCCGCGACACCUGAGUGAGGAAAUUUGCGAUUUGAUCGAGUCGGCGGUUGCCUUAGUGGAGGUUUAG